CUUUAACUGACGCGUUCUGUCUUCAAUCCAACAAAAUACAGAGCACACAAUGAUUUUGGGGUCUGCUCGGAGGAAAACCUGUUAUUACCUCCUUUUUCUUCUCCUCGCAACUUACGUUGGAAAAUCAGCCGCGUCACUCGGCGACCAUCUCCCUGAUUUCAAAGAAUGUGUCAAGAUCUGUACAGCUGAAAACUGCCAGGAUGGAAACUCGGCCCUUCCUAUCCUUCUCCGCCUCAUGUGGUGGACGUGUCCCGCCGAAUGCGAUUAUACCUGCCAACAUGUCGUAACCGACCGUCGAGUCGCUCGCGAUCCUCCGAUGCUCAGCCCUGUCGUCCAAUUCCAUGGGAAAUGGCCCUUUCGCCGAAUUCUCGGCAUGCAGGAACUGUUCUCCGUCCUGUUCUCGCUUCUCAAUUUCCUGGCUCACUGGCAUGGCAUGUCCCAGAUUCGUGAAAAGACACCAAGCUGGCAUACUCUACAAAAGUACUACCUGGCAUUUGGAUACAGCGGCCUGGCGUCGUGGACAUUCAGUAUGCUCUUCCAUGCCCGAGACUUUCCUCUGACUGAGAAGUUGGAUUAUUUCGGAGCUGGCGCGACUGUUCUGUAUGGCUUAUUCCUUUCCGUGAUCAGAAUUUUUCGACUAGACCAAGAAAGCCCCCGGUACAAACCAACCCUACGACGCCUCUGGAUUGCUAUAUGCAUUCUCCUCUACAGCAUGCAUGUGUGCUAUCUGAGCUUUUGGUCAUGGGACUAUACCUAUAAUAUGAUUGCGAAUAUCGUGGUUGGGAUGAUCCAGAACACGCUAUGGAUCUGCUUCAGCGUUGUCCGAUACCAAAAGACUGGGAAGAACUGGACCCUCUGGCCGGCGAUCAUUGUGGUUUGGAUCAUCUUAGCCAUGAGCCUUGAGUUGCUGGACUUCCCUCCCUGGCAUGCGCUUAUUGAUGCCCAUAGCUUGUGGCACUUGGGGACUGUUAUUCCCUGCGCAUGGUGGUACCUGUUCCUCGUCAAGGAUAUCAGGGACGAUGUGCACGGAGAAAGAUUGAAAGCCUAGACGGCUUCACUAAAGCUAGUAAUCCUCCUUCCUUCUUAGCCUGAUAACCGAGAUCAUCAGGCGCACAAGGAGUGUCAGGUGUUGCGAAUGUCGGUCCAGGUGACCGGAUAACAUCACAGCGUUCAAUUAUGAGAGCGAGAAGUUGUAGGAAGUAGAGGGACGAAAAAAUAAAAUACAACACUAGUCAUAAUUCAUACACUCCGGGUGGUACUAGUAUGUAGUUAUCGCCAGACAGGCAUCUCGCAUACCCCGCCUCGUCCACCAGUUACUAGUUCUAGCAGCACUACCAUCCUAAACCUCCUUUCGUCAUUAUUUCUAUAAAUAUCCAGC